GGCCAAGAGGAGAUAAUCUGUCGAAUGCACUCUAAGUGGAGGCUUGCAUGCAAUUGGAAGCGUAAAUGCCAAUGUUGGAAUUAACGGCAGGAAGGUUCUGGAGUGACCUAAAGGGAGGAGGAAGGGGCACCGGAGGAGAAAAUUAACUAGGUACCCUGUUGCUGCUAAAUAUUUAAAUUAUCUGGUCACUUUCUGGUUACUGAGGGGAAAGGGAGAAGCCCUGAUGACACAGUGGGUCGGCCCCCAGGUCAGACCUGAAAUGGGCAUUAGGACUACUUCAGCCUGGAGCAUCCGAAGCCUUAGAUUAGAGUCUCUGCGACUUUGACUUACGGCUUAGAAAGCAAAAUGAAAAGACUUGUUCUAAAAAUUAAGAGCUAAAUUUGGAUUCCUACACAGUUAAUUUACGCAUGAUAAAAUGUUACCCACGCUGUGGUGUUGCCCACGCCAGACUGGGGGUCCACGGAGGCUCCCAGCAGGCCAACAGCCAUGUUCUGAAGCUGGAAGCCCUGCUCUGGGCACCUUCCGGCCCUCCGUGUUCUAAAUGUGCGCGGGGUCCCCAGGACGUAUACCAUGUGUGCCUCCGAAGUAUUCAUUUGGCUUCUGAGUUGAGUCAAAUUUCUUAAUUCAUGAAGAGCGUUGAUAAAUAUUGAGUGAAUGGGGAAUUGUCCCUCUCCCUGCCUUGGAAAAAGCAAGGUGACCGCUGCUGACCCCCCGAGGCUGCCAUGGGUCCCGGCGACCAUCGCCACUCUUCAAAGCAGCAGUAAUGUCCCUUUAUUAUGGCCAAGAGCUGCUGACAUGCAAUACACGCCCCACAAGAGCAUCCCUCGGUGCCUGCGGAGGCAAACAGGUAUCGUUAUUUGGCAUCCCUUCGGAAAUGUUGGGCAGAGCACAAGACAAACAACAAAAAAGCAACUAUUUGAAAGAUCUUCAUUAUUUACAGGGAACUGGAGAAAAGGCUGCCCCCUGGUGGUUGCAGAUUGGGGAUUGAAGAAAAGCCGGACUCCACGGCCCAGGCAAGAUGUCCAGCCCUGUGUGGGGACUCAGGUUCUCCUGCUCACAGCCAGCCAGGGGCAAGGGUCACUUGGACAAGUGCCCUGUAAGGAUGCAAGGCAGCACAGGGCUGGGGGCACACAGCCUGGACUGAGGAGGCUGGGAGGACAGCUGGGAGAGGCGGCAAUGAAACUGAGAACUGAAAAACGAGCACAAUCUACACGUGAAGACAGAGCAGCACAUGUGCUAGAGCGAGGUCCUCAUUUUUCAAAGAACUCUCGCAAUAAAGAAAAAAUAGGCAUCACCAAGUAAAAUUAGGCAAAGUAACUAAAAACUCAUAGAAUAUUAAUCAAAAAACAUGAAAAACUGCUCAUCCUCCCGUGUAAUCAAAGAAAUGCAAAUCGAACUAGCACCUGGGAUAUCAAUUUUCUCCUACAGGCUUGAGAAUACUUGAGAGUUUGUAUUAAAAACCCUGGAAGAACUCAUACCCUUUAUC